UUCAGAUUGGUCAACAAAUUCUGUGACGGAGCGGUGAAGAAGGUCGAUACCUCAAGUGCCGUUUUCAAGCAGAGGGCAAACCUCGAAGCCUUUAUCCAAGGAUGCAAGACAUUUGGACUAAAGGACCAAGAAGUCUUCCAAGUCAACGAUCUUUUCGAGUCAAAGAACAUCCCACAGUUCACACAGUGCAUUGUCGCUCUUGGUCGCUAUGCCCAAUCCCAGCCCGGCUAUGACGGCCCCAUCCUAGGACCCAAACACUCCGAAGGAAACAUUAGGGAUUUCUCCCAAGAUCAGCUAGAUGCUGGCAAGCACAUGAUUGGUCUUCAAAUGGGUUCCAACAAGGGUGCCUCUCAGGCUGGUGGAGACUUCGGCAGGCCACGCCAGAUCCACUCAGAGUUCAAAUAAACCAGUUACCCCCAUCCUCAUCAACACAACCACUACGUCCCAUGCCAUUGCACUCACAGACCAUUCUGGAAGCAGGAUAGAUAAUAAAAAGAUGAAGAUGACCAUUCUGGAAGCAGGAUAGAUAAUAAAAAGAUGAAGAUGAGUUGAUAUAGAAAGAUCAAGGGAAAGGGUAGGAAAUGCCGGAUGCCAAAUAAGUAUUGUAAAUUCAAUUUCAGACUUAUUUGUUGUGAAUUCAUGAAUUCAUCGGGGACAAUGUUGCCUCUUUCAAAAAUUGAAAGAGGCGCCAUUUUAACUUUUGCAUUAUUGACCACUUUUCCAACGUGACAUGUCUAAAGAUAAGUCCAUCCUGUACUAUUUUCUAGAGACAUCCAAAUAAAACACUUCGUUUCUUUUCAUGCUUAUACUGUCCUUAUCAAUAUUUUCCCAAACACAAUCAUUCUACCAAAAUUGUAAUUAUGUUGUUGUAUGCAUUUAUUCAUAUCCUGAUGACAAAACUUUACUUAGUAUCAUUCAGGUACAUAACAAAACCGAAUGCUUUUAUCAUUCAUGUCUUAUGUCACGAACACACAGGAACAAUUUCUCUAUCAUCCAUUGGAAGUAAAAAUGCGAAUGCGAACAUGGCUCAUGUAUCUUAUUACAUGAAAUGUAACCUUAUGUAUUAUCAAGACUAUCGUUUUAAUUUUGUAUAUGUUUGCGUUGAAUAUUGCACAGCAUAUUUGUUAGAAAAGUUAUACUUGUGUGAGGCAAUUAAUAAUAAUUAGAAUGUGAUUUAAUAUCUAUAUUAUCAUGAUUAUAUUUUAUUGAAGGAUCGCAGACGCCACUUAUGCGUUUUCGUGAAGUUUACAAAGGAUAAUACUAAAAUCAACAUGAUUAUGCGAUCACUACGAAAAAAAUAAUCCAGAUUACCCAGAAAUGUUUUUGUAUCUAUAAAUGUUAUUUUAAAAAAAAUUCCAUUUGCAUUAAACAGUUUCUUUACAAUUUACGAAAUGAAUCAGUUCCUUCUUGAAAAUUGACUUUUUUUUUUUUCAAAUACAUAUUUAAAUCAUUGUUAACUUUAUAUAAUAAUCGGGAGUAAAGAAUUGUAAUCAACAAAGAUGACACGAUGUUGUAUUCAAUGUAUACAGAAUAAUUUCUUCACAACGCGAAAAUAAAAGCCGCAGCACACAAUCCCAAGUUAAUCAAUCUGGACUUUUGUAUAUUUUGUUAAUUUUGAGUACUGCAAUAAUCUAAUUCUUAUUAUGUUUAAAUAUGAUAAUGAUCUUAGAUGACACACUGGUCUACUUCUAAUAUAGUCUAAUAUCACGUGGGCUAAAUAUAUUUCGUCUACAACCGAUCGGUCUUAUUGCUGUUUGAUCUACUAUACAUUGCAGUAAUUCCCAAUUGGUCUAAUUUACCUUUCGUCUGGUACCUAUUUCAUUUUAGUUUCUCACAAUAAAAAAAAAUGUUCUUAAGCAGUUUUAUAGACUAACGUGACUAUUUAUGAUGAGAGACCAAAUGGAUAUUAGACGAAUGGAAGUAGCCUAAAUGGGAAUUAGACGAAAUUGU